ACCCUGGGCUGGAAGGCUAUUUUGAAAAGUAGCCCCCUCUUUUUCUCACUCUCUCUUGGACAGAAACACACAUGCACACACAGCUGCUCGAAACCAUGGUAGAAGAUGACGGAUACAGUUGUCGCAGAGGGUCAAGUCAAGUUUAGAGAUGGAAAAAAGUGGAAGACUCGAUGGGUUGUUCUUCAGAAGCCCUCCCCAGUCGCAGACUGCUUGACUUUACUUGUGUGUAAAGAGAAGAAGAAAGGGAAAAGCAACGGACACAAGGAGAGGCUCAAUGUAACACUGGAGGGGAUUUGUGGUGUAGAGCCAGGGCCUGGGUACGAUGGUGUACCCUACACUCUGUCCAUCCUCUGCCAGGCAAGAACACUCAUCCUGGGCUUUAGAAACAGAGACGCAAUGCUGGCCUGGGAUGCCAGGAUCCGCUACAGCUUAGGCGAAGUCCACAGAUUCCUUGUCAGUGUGGAACCAGGCACCCAGCUGGAUAGUGGUCCUGCCAACCUUCAUCUUUGCAACAACCAGUUGGUCCUCAGCAGAGGCCUGCCUCCGGUUGUUAUCGGUUACUGGCUGCUUUCGGCGCUGCGUCGUUAUGGAGCUGUACCAAAUGGCUUUGUGUUUGAAGGAGGGACACGCUGUGGAAUCUGGGCCGGUGUUUUCUUCCUAUCAUGUUCAGAAGGGGAGCAGAUCAGCUUCUUGUUUGAUUGCAUUGUUCGUGGAAUCGCCCCCAGCCGGGCCUUGUAUGGCAUGCCACCUAACCAGCCAGAUCCAGAUGCAGACCCUGCAUCAGCAGAGAAACGCAUCAGUCAGGAGACGUCUGACCUGGAGAAGAGGCUCAGCAUGUUGUCUCAGUGCAGUCUGGCCAGUAGCUCAUCCUCCACCUAUAGCUGCAGCACUUCUGUUGCCGGGGACGACCACAGCAUCUCCAGCUCCUCAUCCAGUCAGUCAGAUGCAAGCUAUGGAGGCCGGUUUCCGUUUUGGGUGGAGCCAUCGGCCCGAUUGCAUCUUUCCAAUGAGAUGGCAUCAAGUUCCUCCACACUGAAGGCUUUGACCCGGUCAGAUGACAGACUGUAUGGGGCUUUAAGGGAGGGCUUAGUGGGCCGUCAAUCUUCAAUGCAGUCCCAGCCUUGUGGGCUCAAUGACUGCGACCGGCAGAGCUCUUUAGACAGUGGGAUUGGAAUAGCAGCAGGCAGUCAGUCGUCUUAUUCAGGGAGCUAUUCCUCAUGCAAUGGGAGUCUGGACAUGGCCAGUCAAGCAGGAGGAGAAGAUCGUGAUGGUGCAGCCGUCCCUCCUACUCUCCUCAAUCCCCCAUUUUCACCUCCAUCUACACCCCCUUCCUCACCUUUUCAGCUCCUGAUUACUCAGGAGCAUAACUGCCAAUCCAGAUGUGCCUCUCAAACAUCUCGCAAGCGCAGUGAGGAGUACCAGAUCCCAGGCCUACUCAGACGGUGGUACGAUACACCCAGGAGUCUCCUUCAGGCCCUGACACUUAGGGAGCCGUCUGCUAAGAAAGGCACAACAGACCUGGGCAGCAACACCAGCACAGAUAGAGGCUGUAGUCAGGAACAGAUGUUAAGGAACGGCCCCAGAAACCGCAGGGCUCAGUGUCAGCUGAUGAUGCAGCGCUCACUCUCCUGGGGCAGUGAGUGGGCGCCCCCUGUGGACAGUGAGGGAAGGUCCACACCCACGGCUCAGGCAGCCCCUGCUGGCUCGGUCUCUGGAAAACUGCAGGGUAACGGCUCUUCAUUAACAGAUCUUUCUCCUUCCUUUUCUAUAAAAACACAAGACUCCUGUACAAAAGAGAAACUCUGGGAUAGUGAGGAUGUUGUUAAACUCAAAGAUCAGAGAAGGAUGCUGUCUUGUUCACCACCCUCAGUUCCCCCUCCGCCUCCUCCUCUAACGCUGGGUUCUCUCAGAACAUCGUCAGCAUUUGCUUUCAUCCCAUCUGUUCAAGAAUGUCAUCGGUCUCCAUCCUCUGACCUUCACACAGACUAUAGUUAUAACUACGUUAGAAUCCCUAACUCUGCCCUUGAACACACGACCAAAGAGCUGAAGCUACACAGCUCCCCUCAUCAGUCUGGUCCAUACGAAGCUGAGAGACAUGACGUCCUGCAGCUCUACAGACACAAGGAUGACUCCAUCAGGUACGCCCACCUCGACGUUGCUCCCAUGGAAACGGCUCAAAGUGUGGGGGUGGAGCAUGUUCAGGGCAGAGAGGACAGGCUGACUCAGCUGGAGAGCAGGUGGCGGGGGCCACCAAGCUGACUCUGCCACGCCAAACUCCAAAAGCACUUCAGAGCAGUUUCCUACUGCAGCUUCCCUCCCGUCCCCUCCUCCGAAUGAGCAGGAAAAGCUGCCUGCAAUCGGCCAUUUGAACCUCUGCUGUAAUCAAGCACACCCACAGGUUCUCCAGCGUGCUGUCAUUUCCACAAGCAAUCCAUUCCACUGCAAGUAUGAUAGUGUGUGGGUCGUCUUUAUGCUGCUGCUAUCUUGUUAAAUGUAAUUUGUUUAUGAAUUAGUGUUUGUCUUGGACAGAAUGCACUUAUAACUGUGUUUUUACAUGACUGGUGCUUCAGUAAAAUCUGACUUAAUUAGGAAGGAAUGGCACCAAAGUCAUGGUUGAUUUAGACAACAAACAGCUAUUUGGAAAUGAUUUAGACAUUUACAAACAGCCAUUGUUUGGGUUUGUAGCAAGAUGUGAUCUCACAAUGAGAUCAACACCCCUAUGUUUAGUUAAACCAACAGUUGAGUGUAAUAGUCCCAUCUCAUAGAGCUAUCAUUCCACAUCAAAGCAGCAAAGCGCUCUGUUGAAAUAAGCGGCUUAGAGUUGGAUCUCCAUUGCAAAUGACAUUAAUCUGAGCCCGUGUGGGCUGAGCAGGACACAUAGCCGAGUUAUCAGCCGGCCGCUGACAUUAUUCAUCUUAGAAAUCAAUGCUUCUGCUGCAGCGGCUCUCUGAGGGAAAGCACCAAUGAUGGAAAAGGACAAUUUGAGG